AUGACAACCGCUAGAUUAUCCGCAGCGACGCCGCCACCGCGAGCAUCGGAGAAUGGAGCAAUCAACCCAAGGUGGCUAUCAGACUUACAGGGCCGAUUAAGGAAAUCUCUUUCGCUAAAGAUUGCUCCUGAGAAGGCUGAAACAGUGAAAGAUCGACUGGCGUAUCUAGACAAGAACUGGCUUAUGCUCUCAGCAGGUCGAGAAGGGUUCUUAGCCGAGCCUGAGAGAAGAGGAGUUGAUGGGCACGCAAUCCAGUGGGGAGAUAUGGAUUUGAUGGUAAGACAUGUCAACAAUGUCAUUUAUAACCGAUUCGCCGAGUCGGGUCGUGUCAACUGGGCCCGAAAGCUUGCUCAGUUUACAGAUCCCAAGUACGAGCAGGAAUGGUAUGAUCUUAUGACACCAAAAGGCACCGGCCUCAUACUCGCAAGUAUUAGAACAGACUUCAAAUUUCCCAUGACUUUCCCGGAUCGCAUCACAGUUUUGCAUAAACUCGUCACAAAGCCAGAUUAUAGCUCCGACCGCUUUUACCUAGACGUUGUUGUGUAUUCGGAGCAGCAAAGGCGACCGGCAGCGAAGUGCUUUGAGGAUAUCGUUGUGUACGAUUACAAGGCUGCUAAAAAGGCCCCUUUGAAACCGUUCAUGGUUGACGAGCUGCGAGCGACGUUUGACCUGCAAGAACAGCGGAAAUUGGAUACAGAAAAGAAGAUAGCUGAGCUACACGCAUUUGUUGAGGAAGUGGAGAGUAGCGCUAAUACGGCAUAG